AUGUCACACAUUCUUUACAAAAAGAAAAAGCUUGCUAAACUAAAAAUGGCCUUGAUCAUUUUCCUUGCUACGUCUCUUCUCCUCAGUGGAGCUCUUGGUGAGCUUGUGUGCGAGCAAUUGCCUGUUGAGCUUUGCUCAUACUCAAUUGCAUCUUCUGGGAAGCGAUGCUUGUUAGAGAAUUUUCCAACAAAAGAUGGAAAGGUUAAAUACCAAUGCAAGACAUCAGAGGUGGUAGUUGAUAUAAUGCAGGAAUGGAUUGAGAGUGAUGAAUGUGUUAGUGCAUGCGGACUUAAUAGGAAUACUAUUGGUAUCUCAUCAGAUACUCUUCUUCAGCCUCACUUCUUGGCUAAAUUAUGCUCAAAUGAUUGUUAUCAAGCUUGCCCCAACAUUGUUGAUCUCUACUUCAAUCUGGCCUUGGGAGAAGGACUUUACUUGCCUAAUCUCUGUGCCAGUCCUCGCCGGGCCUUGUCGGCAACUAGAAGUUCCGGUAAUUCAGCCCCAGGUCCGCUCUCCGGCGGAGUUUCGCUGGCUGCUGCUCCCAUCUCUGGUGAUGUGGACCCAGCCUGUGCUCCAUCUGCCAUAUGAUCUUGUAUCACAAGGAGUGAAAAUGAUCUAUUACUUAUUUUGUCAUCAGAGUUAUUUAGAUUAAAAUUCUGUCUGAAUUACAU